AUGUCGGAUAAAUAUGAUAAAUUUUAUGAGAAAAUUGUUGAAUGCAUUAAAAAGCCUUCAAAUGAAAGGUUAACUGAAGAAAUUGAAGAAAUCUAUCCAUGGUUUAUUGCAAAAGUGAAAUUCUUCUCCAAUCUUAAACCUGAAAUUGUCAAGGAUAUAAUAAAGAAUUGUGAAUUCGCUGAACGUGAAACAGACGAAAUAAUUAUACGUCAGUUUGAACAAGGCGACUGUUUUUAUGUAGUUCUAAGUGGUCAAGUAUCAAUUUAUGUAAAUACAGAAUCUGUGCAUGAUGAUCAAGAGACUAUUCAUCAACAAGAUGAUUCAACAGUUGGAUCCAAACAUACUAUGGAGCGCAAAGUAAUUAAUCGAGAAAAAUAUGGAAAUUAUAUCGCAAAUUUAGGAAAUGGUACCAGCUUUGGAGAAUUAGCUUUAAUCAAUAAGGAUUGCAUAAGAAAUGCAACAAUUAUCGCUGAUUGUACAACUCAUUUAGUUGUUGUCAAUAGAAUGACAUAUAAUCGUUCAUUGAAAGAAGUACAUGAAGCUGAUUUUAAAAAACGUAUUGAUUUUGUUAAUAAGUGUGCAAUAUUCAAUGGAUGGAUACAAAGCUUGAAAAAACAAGCAGCAAUGUCUUUAGUUCAAACAGAUUUUCAAUUUGAAGCAGAUCUUAUACGUCAGGGUGAACCAUUAAAUGGGUUAUUAUUUAUACUUACAGGACAAGCUCAGAUAUUUGUUGAUGUUCUUAAACAUCCCAAACAAUAUCCUAGUUUGAAACUUGCAACAGAUCCAUCAAAUUUACAACCAACGGAUGAGCAUAAAUUGAUACAUACAGAAAGUCCUAAUUACCCAAUUCGACGUAUGGGAUAUGUUAUCAAUGAGCAUCGAAAUGCUCUUCGAAGGAUUGAGCUGUCUUUAGUUGGACCUGGUACCAUACUUGCUCAAGAUAUUAUGGAAAGAAAUCUACUAUUGCAAGAAGAACAACGUGAUAAAGUUUUGUUCAACAAGAGUAAAAUAAAUCAACAGCAAAGACCAAACGACAAAACUAAAUCUCAAAUGAAACAAUUUCAUGUUGGAAGAUAA